AUGUCAUCAUCGGCCGACGAUCGCGCUCUGUUCCGGAACUUCAAUUACAGAUCCGACACGGAAUACGUGGUGAAAGUCGCUAAGAUUCUGUUGACUCCCGUUGGCAUUUGGCCCCUCGACCGAGAUGAGUCUGUGCUCGACAAGGUCAAGUACGUUCUCCAGACGAGCUUCAUGUUCAGCCUGAUGUGCUUUCUGCUCGUGCCCCACAUCAUAUACACCUUCUUCGACGCGGAGGAUCUCACCAGGUACAUGAAGGUGAUAGCAGCCCAGGUGUUCAGUCUGCUGGGCAUCGUCAAGUUCUGGACGAUGAUCAUCAAUCGGGACGACAUCAAGUGCUGCCUGCAGCAGAUAGAGAUGCAGUACAGAGAUGUGAAAAGCGAGGAGGAUUAUUUGGUGAUGAUGAGAAACGCCAAGAUCGGGAGGCAGUUCACGAUAAUGUAUCUGGGACUGCUCUACGGCGGCGCGUUACCCUAUCACAUAAUCAUGCCGCUGGUGGCGGACAAGAUCGUGAAGGAGGACAACACGACGCACUUACCUCUGCCGUAUCUCAGCGACUACGUCUUCUUCGUGGUGGAGAACUCACCGUUCUACGAAAUCCUGUUCGUCAUGCAGAUUCUGUUCAGCACCAUCAUCCUGUCGACGAACUGCGGCGUUUACAGCCUGAUUGCCACCUGCGUGAUGCACGCCUGCUGCUUGUUCGAGAUUGCUCGCGCUCACAUGGAAACACUUCUGGUGGAUAGAACUCGCGAUCUCCACGAGCGAUUCGGCCACGUCAUCGUCGAGCACAUACAAGCUCUCAGAUACGUUGAAAUGAUCGAGAAGUCGUUAAACUUCGUUUUUCUAUCGGAAAUGGUCGGAUGUACUAUCAUCAUAUGUUUUCUGGAGUACGGAGUUCUCAAGGAAUGGGAAGACAAUCAGAUAUUAGGCACAAUUAUAUAUUUCAUCCUGGUGACUUCGAUUCUGGUGAAUGUUUUUACGUUAUCGUCUAUCGGCGAUCGUCUCAAAGAAGAGAGCAUCAAAAUCGGAGAAACAUCGUAUUUCAUCGACUGGUACACAUUGCCGACGAAAAACGUUGGCAAUUUAAUCAUGGUGAUGGUCAGAUCAAGCCGUCCGUCAGCCUUGACAGCUGGUAAAAUGUUUGAUAUCUCGCUCCAGAGUUUUUGCGAUGUAUGCAAGACAUCAGCGGCGUAUUUGAAUUUUAUUCGAAUGAUCGCAUCGUGA